CUGUGCUCCCCAGUGACAGCAGCAGCAGGAAGUCGGUGGGCCCUUUCCGGGGGCUGAGGCCUCUUGCACUCCGAGGGGAGAACACUGGACACUUCCCCACGCAACUCCCAUCUCUGGGCCCCGAGUGUGUUCAUGGCGAAGUCCCCGGAGAACUCUGCCCUGGAGGAGAUUCUGGGGCAGUAUCAACGGAGUCUCCGGGAACGUGCCAGUAGAAGCAUUCACCAAUUGAAAUGUGCCCUGAGAGAAGGUGAUGUCACUAUUGGAGAAGACGUAAUGGAUCCUUCUUUUAGUACCAGUGUAGGAAAUGAGGAUGCUGGGAAUGCCUGGCAUGAACUGCAACACAGCCAUGCUGUUAAUCAACUCAAAGCUUUGCUAUGCCAACAAGCAACUAAGGAAAGUGAGGUAUCUCCAAGAAGACGAAAAUUGUCCCCUUUGAAAUCAUCAGAAUAUGAGGAAACUGAUAUGCCUGCCCUACACAAUUUUGUUCCCAUCAUCAGUGACCAGUCUCAAUACAUUCAUCAUUUAGAGGCAGAAGUCAAGUUCUGUAAGGAGGAACUCUCUGGAAUGAAAAAUAGGGUACAAGUAAUUGUGCUUGAAAAUGAAAGGCUCCAACAAGAGCUGAAAUCUCAAAGGCAAGAGGAAGCAAUGAGGGAACAAACACUUCGGGAUGCAUCUGGAAAUAUACAGAAUUCUUGGAUUACAACAGGUGAAGAUUCUAGGGUGGAUGAAGCUGCCAAGAGAUCAUUUUCCCAUGGCAAUGCAGAUAUUAUCAAAGCUGCAUCUGCUAGUGAGGCUGAAAAAUGGAAACUAGAACUGGAGAGACUAAAACUUACUUAUGAGGAAAAGAGUAAAAUCCUGGAAUCUCAAUUGAUGUUUUUGAGGAAAGACCUAGUUGAAUAUCAGAAAAAUUGUGAAGAUCUUAAAGAGCGACUAAAGCAUAAAGAGUCUCUUCUUGCUGCUAAUAUUUCUAACCGUGUUGGUGGUCUUUGUUUGAAAUGUGCUCAGCAUGAAGCUGUGCUUUCCCAAACCCAUAAUAAUGUUCACAUGCAGACCAUUGAAAGACUGUCUAAAGAAAGAGAUGACUUAAUGUCUGCACUAGUUUCUGUGAGGAGCAGCUUGACAGAGGUGCAGCAAAGAGAAGUAAGUGCUUAUGAGCAGGUGAAACAAGCUGUGCAAAUGACUGAGGAGGCCAACUUUGAGAAAACCAAGGCUUUAAUCCAGUGCGAACAGUUGAAGAAUGAACUGGAGAAGCAGACAGAGCGACUUGAGAAAGAACUCGCAUCUCAGCGAGAAAAAAGAGCCUUUGAGAAAGAGAUGAUGAAAAGAGAAAUAACAAAAGAAAGAGAGGACAUGGGCUCAAAGACGUUGACCCUAUCUCAGAGUAUUGCCCAACUGGAGGCUCAGGUGGAAAAGAUUACAAGAGAGAAAAUUUCAGCUGUUAAUCAACUAGAGGAAAUUCAAAACCAGCUUGCUUCCCGGGAAAUGGAUGUCACAAAGGUGUGUGGAGAAAUGCGCUAUCAAUUGAAUAAAACCAAAAUGGAGAAGGAUGAGGCAGAAAAGGAGCACAGAGAGUACAGAACAAAAACUAAAAGGGAUCUUGAAAUUAAAGAUCAGGAAAUAGAGAAAUUGAGUUUAGAACUGAGUGAAAGCAAGCAGCACUUGGAACAGGAGCAGCAGAAGGCAACCCGGGCCAGAGAGGAGUGCCUGAAACUGACAGAACUGCUGGGCAAAUCUGAGCACCAACUGCACCUCACCAGGCUGGAAAAAGAUAGCAUUCAGCAGAGCUUUAGCAACGAUGCAAAGGCCCAAGCCCUUCAGGCCCAGCAAAGAGAGCAGGAGCUGACACAGAAGAUACAGCAAAUGGAGGCCCAGCAUGACAAAACUGAAAAUGAACAGUAUUCAUUGCUGACCUCCCAGAAUUCAUUUCUGACAAAGUUAAAGGAAGAGUGCUGCACAUUAGCCAAGAAACUGGAACAAAUCUCUCAGAAAAGCAGAUCUGAAAUAGCUCAGCUCAGUCAAGAAAAAAGGUAUACAUGUGACAAACUGGAAAAGUUACAGAGAAGAAAUGAUGAAUUGGAGGAACAGUGUGUCCAGCAUGGGAGACUACAUGAGAUAAUGAAGCAAAGAUGGAGAAGCUCAAGCUGAGAGAUACUAAUGUAUUUGCUCAAAGUGCCAUAUUGAGUAAGUUGGUAGAGUUCAAACUUGAAUCAUGAUCUUUUGAUUCCAAAUUCCUUUCCUUUUUUGUGCAGUAUUUUUUUGUGUGUGAAAAACACAGUCCCUUAUAUUUACUAUAAAUGUGUCACUCCUAAUUUCUAUAUAGUGAUGAAUUACCGAGGAAAAAAAAUCUCAGCAAUCACAUACAUAACAGCAGUUAACCUUCCAGUGGAGGUAGUUUUCUUGGCAUCCAUCUCCCCGUUUCUAUCCCAUCCCCAGACACCCCAGGCCUACUCUGUUUCAAAAUCAAUUGUUCAUAUAACUGAGGGGAAAAGAAAAUAUUUAAAUACUCCCUUUAUCAUUAUUUUUUAAUUUAAAGUAAACAUAGAGUCCCUCGGCAGGGGCAGGAGGAAUGUUUAUAAAUUUGAUCACUUUCUCUAUUGAAGAGAAGAAAGGUAGUCAGAAAAUGACACCAAAAUAUUAAAAUAUGAGUAUAUUUAUAAAGAAUUAAUCAGUCAUUUAUUUUCUAAGCCAGAGAUCAGCAAACUAUUUCUGUAAAGGACCAGAGAGUAAAAUAUUUUAGGCUUCCUGGGCCAUGAGUAGUCUCUGUCACGUAGUCUUUGUUUUGUUUUUCUUUACAGCCCUUUAAAAAGACAAAAACCAUUCUUAGCUAGAAGCCCAACAAAAUGAGUGAAAAGAUUUGGACCUUGGGCUAUAAUUUGCUCCUGUACUAUGCAACCAACUCAUCUUUCUAAUAUUUCUUUUCUUAGAUCUGUAUAUUGUUUUAGAGUUCACAAAAUUCACCUCACACAUGUUUCCUUACCUGAAACAAACCUGGGAAGUAGUUGUUAUUAUCAUCUUCCUUUCCAGGUGGAAAACUAAGGCUCAGAAAGAUAAAGUUGCCAACUGAAGGUCAGAUAGUAAAUUAAUCAUUCAUUCAUUGAUAUGAAUGAUAGUAAAUUCAUUCAUUCAACAAAUAUUUAUUGAUUGCUACCAUGUGUCAUGUUCUCCGCCACAUGCUGGGAAUAAAAUAGCAAAGUAAAUAUAAUUCCUAGUCUAAUGGAGUUUACAGCCUUAUAGGGAAGAUAGAUAUUGACAAGAAAAUUUCACAGAUAUCUAAUUAAUUGCAGUAAUGAUUAGUUAUAUGAAAACGAAAUAUACUUUGUGAUAUAAGCACAUUUAAUAAGGUGACUUACCCUGAUCAGAAGAAGUUUCAAUGAAAAAAAUGACACUUGAAAUGAAUCUGUGAGUGGCAAUAUAGGGAUUAUUAGUCCUAGGGCAGGAGCUGGCAAAUUGUACCCCAGCCCAAGCCCACUUUGUAUGGCUCAAGAACAUAGUCAUGCUCAUUUGUUUACAUGUUAUCUGUGGCUCCUUUCACCCUACAAUGAGUAGGUGAGUCAAAGACUGGCCUAUUGGCUCACAAAGCCUAAAAUAUUUACUAUCUCGCCCUCUCCUAAAAAAGUUUGCCAGCUCCUCUUCUAGAGAAAAGAAAACUGUAAAUUGAAGGUCCUGAGAUAGGACUUUUAAAGAAGGAAAGAAACUGUGUUUAACAUAAAGAAUAAUGGAAAAAAUAGCAUGUGGUGAGGUUGGAGAGGCAGGUGAGGGCCGGAUAAAGACAAGGGCUUUAAGUUUUUAUUGUAGACCUUUCACUUUAUCCUUUUACUAAAAGGAAGAUAUUAAAAGAUUUUUAAAAAAACAAAGGAGAAUUAUGUGAUCAAAUUUGCAUUUUAAAAAUAGCAUUCCAGCUCCAGAGUAGAUAAUGGAUUGGAGCAGAGCCAUGGUGUUUACACAAGACCAGUUAGGGAGCUAGUAGAGCAGUUAGUCAAGUGAUGAUGAUGGCUUAGAUUGAACUGAUAAUAAUGAUGCUAGAAGUAAACAGAUUGGUGAAAUAUAUAGGAGGUGAAAUCAACAGGACUUAAUGACUGAUUGGCUAUGUUGGGUAGAGAAUAGUGCAUAUCCAUAUUUCUGACAUGAGCAAUACGUACAUAGUGGUAGUACUUAGUGAGAAUAGAAAGUACACAAAAUAAGAAGGUUUGUGGUUGAGAUGGCCUGGGUUUGGGAUAAGAUCAAGUGUUAGGUUUCGACCCUGUUGAAUUUAAUGUUCAAGAGCAUUGUACAAAUGGGUAUGUUGAAUAAGCAUGGAGACACAAGGGACUAAGCUCAGGAGUGAGGACUGGGCUGGAGAUAGAAAUCCCCACUGGCUUACAGAGAAUAUUAGAAACCUUGGGAGUAAAUGAGGUCACCUAGAGAAAUAAAGUGAGAAGGAAGAUGGGCUUACUGAAUCCUAAAGAACAUCAAAAGUUUUAAAGGUAAGGUAACCUGAGAAAUAAGUAGAAACUGAAAAGGCUUGUUAUCAUGCAUGCCGACAGAUGGAAAUACUUCAGGAAAGAGGAGGUGAUCUACCAGAUGCUGCUGAGUGAUUAAAUAAGACUGAAAAGUAUCCAUUGGACUUAGUGACAUGGACAGCACUGGUUAUGUUAACAAAAAUAUUUGUACUGGAAGAGUGGGUACAGAAAUCAUAUAAUAUGGAUUGAAAACAGUGUGAGUUGAAAAAUUGAAAUAGCAAAUUUAAACCACUUUUUCAUAAGAUUUGGGUGCACAGAAAAGAGGGAAGCAAGAGAAAGCAAGAGACAGACCAACCAACUGGUGGUGGGUAGACGUAUUGGGAGGGGCAUUUUGGAAAAGAGAAUUUUUUGAGUUGUAGUAGAUGUGAACUUAUUAAAUUCUGAUUGUCAAGAUUAUUAAAGUUAUAAAGUCAGGAAAGUUACAUUUUCCAGCUGGUAGUUUGGAACCCCUGGUGUCCACAAAGGCAGACCAGGGAAUUCAGGCUAAAGAUAGCAAUGGUAUUUCUUUCUAGUUAUAUUUUAAAAUAAGUAUUGAUUCAUAUAUUUCUCCGUAGAAAGUAGAACCGCGUGAGAACUCCACAGUGUAUACAGAGGGAGCAAGCCCUCGAGCUAGUGGAAAUGGGCUGAACGCACUCAUGUGUUCUCAUGUGAUUUAGUAUUAUGUCACCAACCCCCAGAAAUCCUGGUUGUUUUUUUGGUUAUACACUUUCACAUUUUUUAAAAAUUUCUUAUGGUAGUGUAUUGUUUAAAUUAUAUACAUAAAAACCAUUGAAUGGGGACU